GGGCCGUACGCCAAACUGGUCUUCGAGAUCGACAACAAUCAUAGCUUUCAAACGGUUUUUACGGCAAAGUUUGACAAAUGUGUGCGAAAUGUGACCAAAGCUACGAAAGGGUUGACCGCAUUCAACACCAUCUGCGAAGACGACCGCAUCUUACUAUUGAAGUACAGUUGCAUUGAAGUGAUAUUCUUGCGGUCCAUUCUCUACUUCAACGGCAAUAUUGAUUAUCUCAAACUUCCAAUGGAUAUGGAACGCUCAUUCAUUAUAACCAUGAAGUUUUUGAAAAAUUACCCACACUUUUACACUCCAUUUACAGAAUAUGUGCGAAAAAUGUUGACUAUUUGGGACUCCGAUCGCACUGUCAUUGAUUUGAUUAUAUAA